AUGUUCAUCAUCCAGUCAAAUCAGCCCAACUAUUGCGGAAAUUCUUUCGCCUCUGGCUCAUGCCAUACGGAAUACGACGGUCAGGUCGAAUCCGCCCUACAAACAAAAGCUGCUCUUGGUGGAUUGUCCCGAGGACUCCGCCGUACCGGCAGCAAUUUGUCCGAACUAUCGCUGUCGGAUCGUUGCGAUUAUGAUGCUACACAGAUUGAGCUCGACUUCACUAUAAAACACCAACAACCAGUAUGCAUUCGUGUGGAAACACCAUGCGGCGAAACCGGCACGCUUGAAUUCAACGACGUCAUCACCGAGAACGUUUUCCGCCCAAUGCAACAUGGAUGCGGGAAAGGUGUUUGGAAAAUCUACGUCUUGCAGACAACCGAAGAAAGGUACAUAGACCUUUUCCCCUACAUUCAUAAAUAA